AUGAAACUGAUCGCAGCAAUAUUUUGUAUCAUAUUUCUAUUGUUCGGCAAUAAUUCUGAACACGUUUGUCGACUUCCUAAAUUGGAGGAACCGAGUUUUGGUGUUCACUCUGGUUCCAUAAAUAAACGCUAUUUUGGUCGGCAACAUUUGAAAAUUACCACAUAUUAUGACAGAACAGUCAUUAAUAGUGAUGCUGCUGCACAAAUCGUGGGAUGUUAUCAUCGUAAAUAUGCUGAAACUUGGCAGGAGUAUGAGGAUGGAGAAGGAAUAGCGCCAAACGAGUUGAUAAUACUUGUGAAGCAUAACAUUUCUCAUGAAUGCGACGUAAAUACAUUUGCAUGGGGUGGCUUUUGCAUCAGGGACCCGGAAUCACAGAGGCCCAUCAUAGGUAUAGUAAAUUAUUGUAAAACGGCGAAUGAACUUAUCAUGACAGAGAAAGAUGAAGUAGAAGCUACGACAAAACAUGAAAUAGCCCAUGUAUUAGGAUUCAUUAAAAAUUUAUUCAGUCGUUAUGAAGAUAUUAGUAAGAAGAUCGUUAUCACUAAAGAGUUUUACGAUGUCGACUUCUCUAUGGCCGAAGACUUCACAUGGGGAAAAGGACUGGGUUGUGACUUUGUGAUGAAAAGCUGUAAUGAAUUUAUUAGAUCACGGAAAAGCAGAGGACUAGAUAUCGCACCAUUCUGUGAAAAAGAUGGUGAAAUCAUGUGUUCACAAUCUUUGAGGGAAUAUGGAGUUUGUGGUAUCGAUACAUCGUUUUCGUUUACGGACAGAACAAAAUAUCCUGGUUUCGAUGAUAAUUGCAUGGUUGUCAGUGUAAGUUGGUAUAUUUUUGCAUAG